AAGGAGCCAAAAGGCAAGUCACACUUAAAGAGGGAGACCAAGAGAGAUAUCACCAUUGUACUUUAUCAUUUUACUUAUUCAUUUAUUAAGUUGUUUAAGUAUCUGUUACUUUUAUGAUCUUUCAAAAUAAGACAGAGAGAGAGGGAGACAGAGAGAAAGACAGAAGGGGACAAAGCAAAUUUUUGGUAUCAUAGAAGAACUGCUAUAGCAGAUUGGGCUUUCUAUACUUGGGAAAUGACACGCUCCUUCCAGCAGUUGCUCCGAGACUACCUAGCAAAGCAGCGCAUUUGCAAAAACCGUUUGGUAACCAAAGAUGGACACUGCAACAUUGAAUAUGGCAACGUGAGGUACAGCAGUCGCUUUGCAUAUGUGCAGGAUUUCUGGACCACCUUUGUGGAGAUACGUUGGCGUUUCAUUAUUUUAUUCUUUGUGGCCUCCUUCACUCUUAGCUGGUUCAUUUUUGGACUUAUUUGGUACUGGAUUGCUCAUAACAAUGGUGAUCUUUGGUGGCAAAAUCCAGCUCCGGACCACAAGCCAUGUAUAUAUAACGUUUUUGGCCUCACAACUGCUUUCCUUUACUCACUUGAAACACAGAUGACUAUUGGCUACGGUCUGCGAGUGCUCAGUCCAUACUGCCCUGGUGCUGUUGCCCUAAUUAUUAUCCAGUCUAUCAUUGGUUUACUUAUUAACUGCUUCUGGUGUGGACUGGUUAUGGCCAAAAUCACCUUACCCAAGAAAAGAGCCAAGACCAUUACCUUCAGCAAAAUAGCAGUUAUUUGCUCCAAAAAUGCUGUCCUCUGUUUGCAGAUAAGAGUAGCAAACUUACGUAAGACCUUAAUGAUUGGAAGCCAGCUAUAUGGCAAGCUGCUUAGAACAACAGUCACUCCAGAAGGUGAGACCAUCAUUCUGGACCAGGUCAAUAUUGAUUUUAUGGUUGAUGCUGGAAAAGACAACCUCUUCUUCAUUUGUCCUUUGACAUUAUACCAUGUAAUUGAUAAGACAAGUCCAUUUUUUAAAUUUGCUUUGGACACACUUCUUCAACAGGAGUUCGAGCUAGUGGUAUUUUUGGAUGGCACAUAUGAAUCCACCAGCUCAUCCUGCCAGGUCAGGACUUCCUACAUCCCUCAGGAGAUUAAGUGGGGUUACAAGUUCCUCCCAAUCAUCUCCCGCAGUAAAGAAGGGAAAUAUCAUGUGGACUUUUCCAAUUUUGACAGAGUGGAGCCAAUUUCAACUGCACACUGUGCUCACUGCUUCUACAAUGGCCAAAGCCAACAUCACAGAAAUGGCAAAAAUGGCAUUGACAACCAGGGGUUUGAAGCAAUUGAAGUUGAUGAUCAUAGUAGUGGUACAGAAAUGUAAGAUAGACCUCUGCAUUCACCAAAGGUUUAUUUGCUUGCAGUAUAUAUACUCAGCAAGAAAAGAAACGUCCUCUCACAUUCAACUGCUUGUAUUCCCAUCAAAUUUCUGAACAUGGGUAAUUCUUAGUAUUAACAUAAAAACAUUCAACAGCUGAAGCAUAAACAAGUUUCACAGAUAUUUGAUGAACAGAAAUGGAAUAGUGAGUCCCUGAAAAAAGGGGGGGGGGGGG